AGUGUUGAUGGGAUUUAAACCGAAACAGAAAAUAAAGAGUGACAUGUUGAAGGAGUUCAGUUCACUGACCGUGUCCCUGCAGCUCUCAGAUUGAAGAUGAUCAUGAAGGGGCAGAAGCGUAAGUUCCCCCCCGAGCACGUGGAGGAGUCGGACCGCAGCAGCCUGACCUGGGAGAGCCAGCGGCAGUUUGUGUUCUCCGUCUCCCUGAGCAAGUACCAGCGCGGCCAGGAGCUGCCGGAGCCGAGCCUGCGGAGGUCGGUGCUGAUCGCCAACACGCUGCGACAGAUCAGCCUGGAGGCCUGUGGCGCCGCCGCCGUGGAGGCGUCGCCCGGCAGCUCUUCAUCUGAGCUCCAGGCCGAAGAGGAGGAGGAGAGCAUGUUCACCGGAGUUCCUUCAGAAAGACACCAGCCUGCAGGAGCGGUGAUUAACGGCCACUCAGCACUUUCCCCCGGCCCCGUGGUUGCCCCUGGUUACUCGUCAGGUUGUGUUACAAGUAGGUGUCCGGCUAGCUGCCACUCGUGUACAUCACAUGUUCCCGUGUCUGUAGGAGACGAAGACGAGGACUGGGGGUCGAUGACCACUGAUCCUGAUUUCUCCCUUUCAGCAGCCAUCUCCUCCAUCCUCUCCGCCCUGGACUCCACCCUGGACGGCAGCCCUCAGGCAGCGCCGCGGACGCCCCUCCGCUCCCUGGAGAACCUGUCCAGGUCCCCGGAGGCAGGCGCAGCGUGGGUAAAACAGGGGGUCCGGGGUUACGGGGGGGGCAGCUGGGAGCCGCAGGAGGAGUGCAGGGUGCGGGAUAGCAACGUGGAGGUGAUGUGGUCCAGCUACCUCAGCGAUCUCACCGUGGAAGAUCUGUUCCAGGACAUAGACACGUCCCUGCUGGAGAGAGACAUGGGGGUGCUCGGGCUCCGAGGCAGCGGGGGGGGAUUCCCGGCCGGGGAGGAGCUCCUCCGCUACCUGCCUCCCUUCUCUCCCUCCUCCCACCCCUUCUCACUCUCGCUCAACCAGAAUCUGAAGUGUUUGCCUUCUUUCUCCUCAUUCAGCCCGAUGUCUUCCUCCUCGUCUUCCUCUCUCUCCUCGCCACCGUCUUCUCUCUUCUCCGGCCACAAUCAUGCAAGAGAAGGGAUGGAGCUGGAGCACCUGAUGGAGAUCCUGGUGGAGUCCUGAGAGACUCCUCAGCUUCAUCAGACCCUAAACAGGAAGUCACCUGAACACCAUUUAACUAACUAAAGUGAACAAAAACUGAAUUCUUCAAAUGGACUGUCAAACAUGUCCAAUAUUCUCUUUGCUGUUCAUAAAUGUAUAACUGCUCAAUGAGCGAUGUAUUAGAGGCUGUAGAAAGUAGUACGAAUGUUAUCGAGAGGUAGAAAUGGUUCAUGUUUAAGACAGAAAAUACAAAAGAAGCUGUGAUGCAUCUGAAAGCUCCUAGUGUGAGUGGAAAUUCAAAAUCCUGAACAGGAAGGAUUUGUGCUUCUGCUGAAAUGGAGAUGGAGUGAGGGGGAGAAUCAAGUCAGUGAGUCACUGCAUAAUGAACUGUAGACAUGAGUUAUAUUACUAAUUCCAGUGUGACUCAGAUAAUUGGAAAUAGUGAAGUUCAGUGUUAUCUCACAGUUUGUGAAGUCCUGGUGUUAAUCCAGGAGACGUUGGACAAAUUCCUUUAGAACCAGAGUGAAACGUUAGUGUGAGAUCGGAGAGCAUUCGAUUUGGGCUGGUGUGGGAGGAGCCUGGUUGAAACUCUAAAGUUAUUGGUCAAAUCUUCUGUGAAGAAAUUCUUUAACCUCAUAUUUAUCAGUUGGUUGUAGCAGAGGGAAUCACGUCCGAGAGGAAGAGAUCAGGUCGGGAUGUUAAAACGGUCGAGUUUCCCAGGAACAUGUGACCGUUAGACUCUGUUCAGACCUGGUUCAACAUCGUGAGGGAUCGGAUCUCAGGACACAUUCUGGUCCAGUCAGACCUGAACUUAGUGCUGUCAUCUGAUCGCUCAGGACGGAUUCAGGUUCAGGUCCGAACAGGGACACGGUAGCAUGAAACUGUGAGAGAUUAAGUGGUUCGACCAGGAGAAGAAAUCCAGAAGAACCAGUGUUUUGUGCAGUUAGCAAAGAAGAUGAAAUGAAACUGAAAGUUUUAAUCGUGUUUAAUUCUUGACACUUUCUCUUGAGUAUCACCAGUUAUAUUUUAGUAACCAGAAGUUGCAGGUGCAUUAUAAUUACAUUUCAUUCUGUAUUUGCAGUAAAGAAAAAGGUUGUCCUUCCAUAUUGCUCUUUGGAAAAAAGCCUUUAAGAACUUGUUUGAAGCAGCUGACAGUCAAAUCAUGUCUCAUGUGAGAAGUGAAACCAGAAGAAGUUUCAUCCCACACGUUUCCUCUCAGAGAGGAUCUGAGUGCAGCUGAGGAACCAGAGGAACCAGAGGAACCCGUCCAGUCGUCCUGUUCCACACGAGUGUUCAACAUCCUUUAGAAGAUGCUUUUAUUCAAAGAGCCUUUACAUUACAGCCCCCCCCCACCCUGUAGGUGUCACCCUAUUUAAAGUCACAACCACUACUCAACCACUUCUGUUAUACAGAUGUAGAAGUUUAGUUUAGUUUACAUCUGAGAUAUUGCACUUUUGUUAAUGAUAUGCAUUUAAAAUCUGGUGCCAUGUGGUUUAUGUUUUACUCUGUAUUUAUUUAAAUGUUACAUUACAGGUAAGAUUUGGCCCGACUGUCCCUCGUCCGACCCGUCCGGUACAGUGUGGUCCUGUUCACUGUUCUGUGGAAGAGAGUGUGAACUGUAGCUAGAUGAUGAUCUGUCGUUAUAACACUGCUGUAACCACGUGACGGGGGGGGAGGGGCUGAGGAAGCACAUGAUGUUUGUUAGAUUCUGAACAGAAGGGACGUCGUCUCAAAACUACUCAGAAUCUGCAUGUUGUUGUUAACAAGACGAGUAAUUUAAUGUUCCAUGUUUGACCAUUCAAUACUGGUUUAUUAAUAUUCUGUUAUGGCAGUUAUUUUUAUUAACUUUUAUUUUCUCUACAUAUAUUUUAAUGGUUAUGUUUUAAAAUUGAGGGCAGAAUGCUCAGAU